AUGAAGUUGGCCAAUGCACUUAAGUUGCGAGCGAAUUUGCAAACAGAUUUGAAGCAGCAAGAAUCAGAAAUAAGGUCAAAUUUGGUACAACAAGAAGGGUUGACUCCUUCCCAUGACUCCAAUGAACAAUACCAGAAAUAUGUGCUCAAGUUAGGAGAGCUAGAGAAGCUUAUUGUGGCGAUAAACUAUACAAACACCAAACUGCGACAUGAAUAUAACGGUCAACAAAAGUCAAUCACAGAGUUGAUUUUACGAAUAAAGGAAAUCAAGCAAAUGAUUAGUUUAACCGAACUGGUGAUAUCGCGCGGUAAGGCUCCUACAAUAAAUACGGCAUCAGAUAUUAGGAUCUUGUCGUGUGUUGAUAUGAAGAAAUACGAUGACAAGUUGGAACAGUUGAAGCUGGAAUUGCUCAAUUUGGAAAUGAAGCUAGAGGAAAUCAACUGGCAAGUUGACCUUUUAGAGCGAUGA